CGGCCCGGGGCUCCCUUUCGCCUGCGGCCGGGCGCUCUAGGCGGGCGUGGCAGGCCUGCGGGACGCCGAGCGCACGCCCGGCCGCGCGUUCCGACGCGCUACGUUGGCGACGCCCCCGCUUCCGCGUCAUGACUUCCGGGCGUUGCGGUCGCCAUUUUGCCCGCGCCGCGGCCGGGUGGGGGUCCCGGAGUGGCAGCGUCGCGGACGGUGCGGCGCCGCCAUGCCGUCGUCGCCGCUGCGGGUGGCGGUGGUGUGCUCGAGCAACCAGAACCGGAGCAUGGAGGCGCACAACAUCCUCAGCAAACGAGGAUUCAGUGUCCGGUCCUUUGGAACGGGAACCCAUGUGAAGCUUCCAGGGCCAGCUCCUGACAAGCCAAAUGUUUACGAUUUCAAAACCACAUACGAUCAGAUGUACAACGAUCUCCUUAGGAAAGACAAAGAACUCUACACGCAGAAUGGCAUUUUACAUAUGCUGGACAGAAAUAAGAGGAUCAAGCCCCGGCCAGAAAGGUUCCAGAACUGCAAGGACCUGUUUGACCUGAUCCUCACCUGUGAAGAGAGAGUGUACGACCAGGUGGUAGAAGAUCUGAAUUCCAGAGAGCAGGAGACCUGCCAGCCAGUGCAUGUCAUCAACGUGGACAUCCAAGACAACCAUGAAGAGGCCACCCUGGGGGCAUUCCUCAUCUGUGAACUCUGCCAGUGUAUCCAGCACACUGAAGACAUGGAGAACGAGAUCGACGAGCUGCUGCAGGAGUUCGAGGAGAAGAGCGGCAGGGCCUUCCUGCACACUGUCUGCUUCUACUGACACCCAGCCGCCCUGCCCGCCCCUCAGCUUCCUUCCGUCCUGGGGUGUGUGUUCCCUUGUUCACGAUCUGCCAGGGGGUGGUAGCCGUACCCAAAUGAGCUGCAUCGGAGACGACACAUGUAAAUGCGGACUGAACCAGCCGAGUCUCCCGUCCCCCCUCCACUUGUGAGUGGGGUGUCCAUUUUCCUCAAACCCCAAAGGAGAAGACAGUUGAUAGUUCAUUUCCCCUCGGCUACCCGUCCCCUUAUGCCCGAAGUGGCUGGAAUAUACAAAUCCCUGAAUAAAGCGACGCGCUGUCUG